GAAAAACUAGAGAGAGGUAUAUCUGAGAUUAUAGAGAGAGAAAGCCCUCUGUUUAUAGAGAGAGAUAGAGAGAGAGAGAGAGAGAGAGGUUAGCCCUUGAAGGCAUGUUUUGUCGGCCAUUACUGUUUCAAUGAAGAGUUCUCUCUCAUCUCCUCUUCCAUUCGCCUAAAGAUCACAAAAACUUAAAUCCCCCAAAAAAACCCAAAACCCAAGAUUUAUCUGUGUGCUCUCUUGCUUCUCCAAUCAAACUUUCUCCAAUAAAAUAAUACCAAAAAAAUCUCUGAUUCAUUGCAUUUGAUUUCCUUCUUUUUGGCUUUUUCCCUUGAAAAAGUUUUUGAUGUUUGUUUUUUUCUUCACAAAAUCUUGGAUUUAGAUUGGAAGAUCCCACUAUCAUUGUCAACAGUUAAACUAUAGUUCUUGUUUUUGUAUUCAUGUUCUCCCAUUGAUGAAUCACAUGGUUUUUGCUAUGUCAUCAUCUCAAGGAAUCACUUGAAAUAACUGACUCUGCUGUUUGUUGGUGUCUUUUCUGUGAGGAGUGACAUUCUCAGAGGAUUGGAAUUCUGAGUUCAUUUGGUUGUUUGACACUCUAAUCCAAGUUGCUUAGUUUACGCGUAGUCGUCAAAUUCUCAAAUUGUGCUGUAAAUUUGAUACAAUGGAGGGUAUUAUAAUGUCUGAUUCAAGGAGAUGUUUGGUCUCAAGUUUAACCGGAUUUUUGGUUGUCACUGCUCUAUUGGUUUGUACCUCAGAAGGGUUGAAUUCAGAGGGGCUGUACCUUCUGGAGUUCAAGAAAAGCAUCCGAGAUGAAUUUAAUCAUCUAGGAAAUUGGAAUUCCGGUGACCGAACACCAUGUGGUUGGAAGGGUGUGAAUUGCACAUCGGAUUACAAUAAUCACAAUCCAACAGUGGUGUCUGUUGAUUUGAAUUCGAUGAACCUUUCUGGAAUCCUGAGCCCUAGUAUUUGUAGUUUGGUCAAUCUUGCUACUCUUGACGUUUCUUACAAUGGGUUCACUGGAAAUAUUCCCAAGGAGAUUGGAAAUUGCUCAAGAUUGGAAAGUCUUAAUUUGAACAAUAAUCAGUUUGAUGGAGAAAUUCCCUCUGAGUUGUGUAAUUUGUCUCGUUUAAUAAACCUGAAUUUGUGCAAUAACAACAUCUCUGGUCCUAUUCCGGAGGAGCUUGGAAAUCUUUCCUCUCUGGUUCAGUUUGUGGCAUACACUAACAAGAUCACCGGUCCACUGCCUUAUUCUAUUGGGAAUCUGAAGAACUUGACGACAUUUCGAGCUGGGCAAAAUGGGAUUUCUGGGAGCAUACCGUCAGAGAUUGUUGGUUGUGAGAAUUUGGGAUAUCUUGGUCUUGCUCAAAAUUAUUUAGGAGGGAAUAUACCAAAAGAGAUUGGGAUGCUUGGGAACUUGAAAGAAUUGAUUCUUUGGGAUAAUCAGUUGUCUGGUUUCAUACCGAAGGAGCUUGGAAAUUGUACGAAUCUUGAGACUCUUGCUUUGUACCAGAACAACCUCAUUGGUGAAAUUCCUGCUGAGAUUGGGAACAUCAAGAUCUUGAAGAAGCUAUACUUGUACAGGAACGAGUUGAAUGGAACAAUACCAUGGGAAUUUGGUAAUCUUUCUUUAGCAAUCGAAAUUGAUUUAUCAGAGAACUGCUUGGUGGGAGAGAUUCCAACCGAAUUAAGUCAAAUAAAGGGUUUGCGCUUACUCUUCCUUUUCCAAAACCAGCUUACAGGUGUUAUACCAAACGAGCUUAGUAGCUUAAAGAACUUGACGAAGCUCGAUCUAUCAAUUAAUAACCUCACGGGUCCGAUUCCAUUUGGAUUUCAAUACCUACCUGAAAUGCUUCAAUUACAGCUUUUCGAAAACUCUCUCAGUGGUAGUAUUCCUCAAGGACUCGGACUUUACAGCAAACUUUGGGUAGUUGAUUUUUCAGACAACAAGCUAACGGGAAGAAUACCUCCUCAUAUUUGCCAGAAUGCUAAUUUGAUUUUGCUGAAUUUCGGGUCCAAUUUGCUGUAUGGAAAUAUUCCUGGUGGGGUCACAAAAUGCGCCUCCUUGGUGCAACUUCGUCUCGAUGGAAACAGGCUAACGGGGAGCUUUCCUUCUGAUUUGUGCAACUUGGUGAACCUGUCUGCUGUUGAGUUGGGUCAGAACAAGUUUAGUGGUCCCAUUCCUCCAGACAUCGGAAAUUGCCGAAAAUUGCAAAGGCUUGAUCUCGCAGGAAAUUACUUUGUGUCCGAGUUACCGAGGGAGAUAGGAAAUCUGUCCAAAUUGGUGACUUUUAACGUUUCGUCUAAUUUGCUCAGUGGACAAAUACCACCCGAAAUUCUUAGCUGCAAGUUGCUUCAACGGCUUGAUCUUAGCCACAACAGAUUUGUUGAUUCGAUACCAAGUGAGCUCGGAACCCUUUCGCAGAUGGAACUUCUCAUGCUUUCUGAAAAUAAUUUAUCUGGAAAUAUACCUGCAGCAUUGGGCAACCUCUCUCAUUUGACCGAGUUGCAGAUGGGUGGAAACUUGUUUUCUGGAGAAAUACCGUCAGAGUUGGGCACUCUUUCUGGGUUGCAGAUUGCGCUGAAUCUUAGUCAUAACAAUCUCUCUGGAAGAAUACCACCUCAGCUUGGGAAUCUUGUUUUGCUCGAAUUCCUCCUACUGAAUAACAAUCAUUUGAGUGGUGCAAUACCAAGUACGUUCGGUAAUCUAUCAAGUUUAUUGGGUUGUAACUUCUCGUACAAUGAUCUUUCUGGACCAUUGCCCGUUGCCCAAUUGUUUCAGAACAUGGCCAGGAGCAGCUUCAUUGGAAACAAAGGGCUCUGUGGAGGGCCUUUUGGGAAUUGCAUUGGGAACCCAUUUUUGAAUUCAAUUCCUCCACCUUUGAGAGGUUCAACCGCUCCUCGGGCUAAAAUCAUCACAGUAGUUUCAGCUGCUAUAGGUGGAGUUUCUCUUAUUCUAAUUGCAUUUGUCUUAUAUCUCAUGAGGCGUCCGAUUGAGGUAGUUGCUUCCUUCCAAGAAAAAGAGAUAUCUUCCUCUCCGGUUUCAGAUAUUUAUUUUCCUCCCAAGGAGGGUUUUACUUUCCACGACCUCCUUGAGGCCACAAACAAUUUUCAUGACAGUUAUGUUAUUGGGAGGGGAGCGGUUGGGACGGUUUACAAGGCGGUUAUGCAUUCGGGGCAAACAAUUGCUGUUAAGAGACUAGCAUCUAACAGAGAAGGGAACAACAACAUUGAAAACAGUUUUCGAGCUGAGAUUUUGACAAUGGGAAAUAUUAGGCAUCGUAACAUUGUAAAGCUUUAUGGGUUUUGUUAUCACCAGGGUUCGAAUUUGCUUCUUUAUGAGUACAUGGAAAGGGGUAGCUUGGGUGAAAUGCUUCACGGAGCAUCUUGUGGCUUGGACUGGCCAACACGGUUUAUGAUUGCUCUUGGGGCGGCCCAGGGCCUUGCUUACUUGCAUCAUGACUGCAAACCGAGGAUCAUUCACCGUGAUAUAAAGUCUAAUAAUAUUUUGCUUGAUGAGAACUGUGAAGCCCAUGUCGGUGAUUUUGGUUUGGCAAAGGUCAUUGACAUGCCUCAAGCCAAGUCAAUGUCUGCAAUUGCAGGAUCGUAUGGAUACAUUGCCCCUGAAUAUGCAUACACAAUGAAGGUUACCGAAAAAUGUGAUAUUUAUAGCUACGGAGUAGUUCUCUUGGAGUUGCUAACUGGAAGAACUCCUGUACAGCCACUAGAAAAUGGAGGCGAUCUUGUCACGUGGGUGAGGAUUUAUAUUCGAGAACAUUCGUUAUCAUCUGGGAUACUAGACAGUCGAUUAAAUUUGAUUGAUGGAAGUACCACCAUCAAUCACAUGCUUACUGUCUUAAAAAUUGCUUUAUUGUGCACGAGUUUAUCCCCUUUUGAUCGGCCAUCAAUGCGAGAAGUUGUGCUAAUGCUGAUUGAGUCUAGUGAGCGGGAAGCGAACUUUAUUUCGUCUCCUGUUUACGAUCAUCCUCCGAAAGAUGAUAUGCCUCUUAACUGUAUGUAACAGCAGUCUCUCGGUUUUCCAUUACUGAUAUAUUUUUUAGGACUCUGAUUAUUCCUUGGUAUCAUCGUUUGCCAUGAUUAAAUUAUAAAAUCAUAAUGUGCAUCUUCUUUUAUUUAAGCAAAAUAUCGUUACUUAUUUAGGUUUUCUAGUA